UAUAUGCCAUGUGUGGGUUUACCGGUUGCAUUGGCUUCAUCGACGGCACUUUCUUCCCCUAUGAAUUUAAGCCGACGCUGUGUGGCGAAGACUACUACUCCCGUAAAGGUUGCUAUGCCGUGGCUGCUCAGAUCAUUGUGAUCACCGUGGUAUUUUUCGCGACGUUCAUGCUGGCUGGCAUGGGUCAACCCAUGACAAUCGUGUGUGGCACUACAACAAAAUCUUUAAUCGCCGUCUUCAGUAUGUAUCUGGUAAUCAUUACCUCUUGGGCGACUCGGCGUAUCAAGAAUCAACUUGUCUUGUCCCUGCGUUCAAAAAUCAGCCCCAUCAGCCCAUGGAGCAUUUUAAAUCUUGGUUUAACUCCCAUUUGGUAAAAGGGCG